AUGGUGGAAGAUUCGAAAGCGCAGACGCAGACGUCGCCCACAAAUCAAGAGCAGAACACGGAGUGGGCGUGGUACCCUCUGACGCUAUGCGACAAUAUGUCGGAGGGAGGGAAUAUGGGCAAGGCGUGGAUUGUGGAGGGGAUCCUUGAUGCUGGCAAGGUUAGGAGUGCGUUGGAUAGGGUUGUGAAAAAGUGGCCUGCGUUGGGCGGUCGCGUUGAGGUUACAGGCAAAAAGAGAUACCAAAUAAGAGUACCUCUGGGUGACCUACCUGCUGGGUACGAGCCGUACGGAUUCUCAGUCACAGAAUCGCCGCUACCGCUUUCGCACUAUGUCCAACUCCCUCUGCCCGCGAUCACCGAGUACCCCCCUGUGCACCUUUUCACCCCAGCAGAAAGGCUCAAGAUAACUGGAUUCGAGGGGUACGCGAAGCACCGCGCGCCGCUCACGCAUUGGCAUAUCACCCACUUUAAGCACCCCGGAGAAGAGUACUCGAUCAUCAAUAUUCAUUAUUCGCAUGGGGUCCAUGAUGGGGUCGGGUUCGCGUUGUUGAUUCAUGCCGUUGUAGCUGAGCUCGCAGGGAAAGAGUGGGACGCCCCGCCGCUCCCCACACCCGGCCUCAACGAGAAUCGGUACAAGACGUUGGUCGAGGAAGAGGUUCGCAAGGUGGGCGAGAGCCAGAAGGUGCUGGAGCCGUUGUACAAUUUUAGUGCGGUUGGGUUGUGGGGGAUUUUGGUGUUUGUUUUUGGGAGUUUGUGGGAUCGGUGGGUGAAUGGGUAUGGGGAGUGGAAUUUGGUUAUUCCGUAUAAUGUGCAUAUGAAGCUUGCGGAGGAGACGAGGAGGGAAGCGGAGGAGGCUGGGUGGACGGAUGUGAGACCGACGAGUGGGGAUAUUUUGUUUGCUUGGUUGGUGCAGUCGAUAUACAAGGAUGGCACCAAGCCGAAUCGAACUAUCGGGUUGAACAGCAUGGUCUCGCUCCGGUCUGAAUGGAACGGAGAACUCGCGCUCUACCCACACAACUGUCUGGGCGGACUGCGCUACCCAACCUUCACAGUGCACGAAGUGACGAUUCGUCCACUACACGAACUCUCCGUCUCCCUCGCCAAAGCCAAGACCAAAGGUUCCAAAGCAGAAGAAGGGGCAUUAUUCUACAAGAGGCUCGCAGAGGCCGACGCGGCGUGGCCUACGGGCGGUCUUCUCCCCAUUGAUUCGAGGACGGACGAGACGGUGACGAUGUCGAAUGUGUCGAUGGCGCGUGUGGCUGCGUUGGAUUGGUCCGCUGCGGGUGGGGGUGCGACGUUGACGCAUUACAAGUUGUUCCCUAAUGCGAUCAAGGUUGCGAAUAUUGUGAAUAUUAAUGGGAGGUUGGAGAAUGGGGAUUUGGUGGUUAAUCUUUUGCUUAAUAGGAGGAGGAUGGAGAGUCUUGAGAGGGAGUAUCGGAAGUUGGAGGAGAGGUUUAGGUAG